UGCACGUAGAACGAGUGCAGAGAACUAUUGUUGACAAUAAACAUAAUACACGCUUUUUGCAAAAUUUUCCAAGCGCUUGAUUCAUAUACAUGGGCCAGUAUUCUUUUGUGGCCAGAUACUGACUUUUACAGUUUUUGCGUUGGCUUAGGCUGACUAACAUUUGAGCAUACCGGUGUUUUCACACUUCAACAAUAGACUGCUGGGUAUUGUGAUGUCAUUCAAGUACGGUUUUCUUGCCAAUUAUAGUAAUCUUUGCGUUUGCAGACAAGCGCCGUGUACGUGCCAGAAAAAAUUGUUAUGUAAGCUUUUGGAGCUGUGAACGAAAGUAAUUCGUGGCUUGUUCCAAAAUUCGAUAAAGCUUUCUGUUUCGAAAGUUAUUUUGGCAGCGCAAUCUGUAAUAUUAGGCAAGCGAAGAUUCGCAAUCAGUAUAUUUAUCGUAUAAAUAUUAUAAAUACCUGUAUGAACCGUUGAAUAUAGUGUCAGUGAAAUGUGUAUUAGAUUCCAUGUAUGUGAUGCAGAUGUGCUAUUCCGAAUAUUUUUUGUUGCAAAUAGAGCAUUAAAUGAUAGAUCUGGGUACCUGUUUGUAUCACAGGACGCAUUACUGUAGCAUACACUAAAAUGGGGUCAGAAACGAGUAAACUACCAGAUCUUGAAAUUGAAGAGAGAAAUGUGGAAGUUACUGCUGACUGGACAAUGCAUAGAGCGCACGUGUAUUCAGAAAAACCUUACAGUGUAUCUUUAUUUGUAUUCGAACCGAGUAAUGACGUGAAUGUGAAGAAGACAGUUCUGUUGGAACGCUGUGCAAAAAAUUUGCUAAAGUACCGCCAUCCAUGCAUAUUGAAGUACAUUUCUUCAUAUUGGUCAAAAGGUUCAUUCUACUUGGCGACAGAAGUAGCAAAACCACUUACUCAUGUACUGCAAAGCCAGUCUCCUUUGCAGAUUUGUGUUGGACUGCAUUCUAUUCUAAAGGCUAUAAAUUUUCUACAUCGGAAGGCACAAGCAAGCCACAAUAAUUUGUGUCGUGCUGCUAUAUAUGUUAGCCCUGAUGGCGUGUGGAAGCUAGGAGGCUUUGAACACAUGUGCCCCUUUUCAAAACUAAGCCAUGCAUUUUUGCAAAAAGCAAGUGAUAGCAGGUAUCAGAAAGCUAUAGCACCAGAGGAGGAGUCACCAGAAAGUUUACUCAGUUUGCCUACUUCAAUUGACCAGUUUGCCUUUGGUGUUCUAGUUGAAGAAGUUCUGAACUGUGAAAGUGAAGAUGAAGUACCAGCCUUGAAAGAGUUCCUUGAACUAGCAAAGACACAGCUUCAGAAUGUGAGACAUACUUCACGUCCUACAUUAUCUACAUUAUUGACUCAUGAUUUCUUCAGUCAUGACUUCAUUAGAGUUUAUAGUUUUCUUGUGGAAUUGCCUGUUAAAACAGAAGAAGAAAAAAAAUCUUUCUUCAGUUGUCUUGUAGACCAACUACUGACGUUUCCAGAAACUCUUGUCGCAAAACAGCUUAGUGGUUUAUUGUUGGCCCGUCUUGUGUUAUUGGAUUCAGCAGCACAGGAAUGCCUUCUUCCUCACAUUUUGCGCCCUAGGAGUGAGAAUGGAGGUAAUGGUCUCCUGUCACCAAAUAUGUACAGACAAUAUAUUGUACCACAGCUAGUACAGAUAUUCUGUGUGCGUGAUGCACAGAUUCGGUUGGUUCUGUUGAAGCAUUUCAAGCACUACUUUCACAUGUUUACUUUGGAACAGUUGAAGAAUCAAAUACUGCCUGAGUUGUUGGUAGGAAUAAAGGAUACAAAUGACCUAUUAGUAACGGCAACACUUUGUGCACUUGCUGAACUGGUUCCUGUACUGGGUGCAGCAGCUGUCAUAGGAGGAAAACGGGCCCGGCUGUUUACUGAUGGUCGGCCACUGGUUGUGGGCCAUCAGUCCAGAGCCACACAGCUACAGUGUGAUCCAAAUGGUAUUACUAGCUGUGAUGUGCAGCUUUCUGAGAGACCUUCCCCUGACGGUGGAGAAGAUCAUAGCUCUUCAGAUGAGGAAACUGCUGUUUGGUCUGACUGGGAAAACAAUGGAGAGAUUAAUGUUCCAGAUUCUGUAUUAGAAGAGAAACCAAAGCCAUCCACUAGGCAUCAAGAGAAACCAUCACAGACAUUACAUGAUAUCUCGUUCCUGGAUAUUAAAAGUGCUCCUACCAGCAGUCAAGAUGAAUUCAACUAUUUCCAGGAUAUGGAGCCAGUAAUAUCGAAGCCACCAGUUGCACAGAUAGAUCAGGACAUUGAACAUGGUAUGCAGACUCAUGGGGUUACUUCCAGGCUCUUUGCUGUUGAUACUUCAGAGCAUGAUAAGUGGUUGGCCGAAAGUGACGGUUGGGGUGAUGACAUAGUUGACUGGGACAACAAUGAAAGUCACAAAGAUGACCUAGAAAAUACAAUUGUGACUUAGUUACAAAACAAAUGAAAACAUAGUUUUGUAAAUGUAUGUUGUGCUACAAAUAAAACCUCCAGAUGUAAUGACUGCCAUUUGUUUAAAAAAAUUCAUGAAGUAUGAUUUGUUCAUUGCAGAAGUGGUUGCUUGUGUUACGACAUGAUAGUAUUUCCUAAUUGUUUGGCAAUGUAAUAACAACUUCCUUGUGUGAAUUUGAGAUAUAUGAAAAUAAUAUUUUUGAACAACAUAGCUAAAACAAAGAAAUUGGUUUUGAGAGAACUACUGCUUAUUGUGAGAAUGUUGUGUCAACAUUUUCUUUAAUUAUUUUAUGAAGUGUUCCAGGCAGUGCAUUAAUAAGUGUCUGUAAACAGCCAAAAGUGAUCCAGUGCCUUAUUAUUAAGUGAUUGUAUGUCUUUCUUAAAGGUGUGAACUACAUCUGUUAAACAGAGAUAAAAACACAUCAUUACUACAAAAAAGUUAAAUGUCAUUCUUUGAUUAGCGUACUGUGAAUUUAAACAAAAUUUUGAAAUAAUCUUAAGGAAAGUCUCCAACAUUAUAAGUUAUUGGAUUUGUAGUUAUGGUACAAGAACAGUCUAGUGAAGAAGAUAGUUCAUGGUGCAUUGAAGAUGGUAAUAUCAGUAUAAUUAUGCCAAUUGAUACAUCUGUAAUGUGUUGUUAUUGCAGAGGUCAGAAGAUUAAGACUAAGCACAAAAGUUAGUACAGUUCCAACUUAUUUAGGUGGUGGUGUGACUAUUUGGUCAGAUGUAAAUUGCCAGAACUUGUACAGAUACUAUAUAAUAGCUUCAGUUUUGAUGGUGAAUGUAAAUAAAAACCCUCCCACAUCCA